AUGGCGCCGCACCCACAACCCGAUUCCAGAGCCCCAAAGAUAGGGCCGCAGGCUGCUGCCGUGGUCACAGGCUCCUUCCUGUCAGGCGCAAUGGCAAGCCUCUCCACAAUGGUAACCCCCCUUUUCCUCGACACCGAUAACGAGCCCGCGCAGCUACUCCGCCACUGGGCUCGACUCUACCACUAUGGCCAUCUGGCCCUACCCGCAUUGUCCGUCGCCACAUGCGGGCUGUACGGGUAUACUGCCCUAAGCAAGCGUGCCUCGGGUCGCGCGAAUUGGCGUCGGUACGCGGUGGCGGGGGCAAUGACUAUAGCCAUGGUGCCAUUUACGUGGUAUGUCAUGGUGCCCACCAAUAAUACACUCUUCCGACUGGAGGCAUCUGCACGGAAAUCUGAAUCGGGGUCGGGAUCAUUGGCGGAAUUGAGUGUCAUACAGGAGCUGGUAGUCCGAUGGGCGUGGCUGCACAUCGGCCGGUCCGUGUUUCCUCUGAUUGGUGCCAUUAUGGGGUUGUCAGGUCUUGUGCAGGAACUCGGCCGAUAG